AUGGCAUCAAAGUUGAUUUUUACCACUUUCGUUUUACUUAUGCUUCUGUGCUUGCUUCUUACGAGGGAGCCUUCUGGUUGUGGUUCUGCAUAUGAAUGCUUUGGUGCUAAUGCAGCUGGUCUCAGGGACAUUCCAAACAGGAAGGCGCUGUCUCUUUUGAAGAAUAAGAAAACUGCUCUAAAAGUUUUGCAAGGAUCAUCAAGCAUCAAGUAUGGUGAAAAGCCACUGAGUUGGGAGUUGAGGAAGGUUCCUUCAGGUCCAGACCCGCUGCAUCAUAAUGGUGUCAACCCCAAAAAACCUCAAACUCCUUAAACUCACCACUUGAACCUGCUUUGCCCUAGUUUUUGUUAUCAGUGUGAACAUCUAUGGCAUAUGUUUAUUGAAAAAAAUAUAUAUAAACAUACAC